AAACGCCACCGUUUAAGCGGAAGGCAGUGCGAGUAAUGGCGGAUUGUUUACACGGUUCUCACAGUUUGUGAAGUUAAAGAGCCUAUACCUUGAUGUGAUGCUGUCUAAGGAAGAGUAAAAUAUAAACAGUUACAACGAUGUCGGUGUCUGUGUGUUCAAGCUCAACCCUCCCAAAACUCCGCCAGGCAAAGUUUAAAAGCUUAGAAACAAAAGUUGAUUACAAAAGUGGUGCUUCUUUCAAAGGUGGAAUACACGAUCACAAGAAAUGUGGGGAGGGAAUAUUUUCCUGGCCAAACGGAGCUCAGUACGAGGGAGGUUAUAUGGACAAUCUGCGACAUGGAUCUGGUAUUCAAAUUUGGCAAGAUGGGAGUCGGUAUGAAGGAGAUUUCGUUGAGGACAUGAGACAUGGUCGUGGAAAACUGACUUGGAGCAAUGGAGAGUCCUAUGAUGGUUCCUUCUUCAAAGACCGUCGCCAUGGUAAAGGGGAGUAUACCUGGACUGAUGGCUCCACCUACACAGGGACCUUCUACAUGGAUCGUAAGGAGGGACACGGAAUCUUCAGAUUUGCAAACGGAAAUACAUUUGAGGGUUUAUAUAAAGAUGAUGAGAGAAUGGGGCCGGGAGUUCUGUCCUAUUCCGAUGGUAAACACGAUGCAGGUUUGUGGAUAAGAGAAAAACUAGUUAAGUUAUGUUCAGCCAUAGAUGGCGCUUUUACCAUGGAAAAACACAAAGAAUUCGACUUUAAUCCCAAGGAACAUGUCAUGUACAUUUCUAUGGAAGAUGACGAAAAACCAAAUGUGGAAGAAAUGUUACAAACACCAGAAAUAUUUGACUAUUUACCGGAGAGUCGUUUAUCAGAUAGAGUAACCGACCUUUACAGUGAACCGCUGGACCCUCGUAGCUUAACUGUAAACAGAGACAUGUUCGAUAAGGAGUUCUUUCCCGGAAGUGACAGUGAAAAAUCGGACCGGGACGAAAAAGUUCCAGCAUGGAACAAAACGCCAUCUGUGAUAAAAAUGCAAAGGCACGUUCAUAGGCAUAAAAGUGAACAGAAAAAACUUUCAUACGAUGUUCAGAAACUUUUAAAAGGUGACCGGUCCAAAUUUGGGCCCAAAGGACCCCUGGAGAGUGCUUCAGAGGAACUUAUACAGGCUGCCACGUGUGGGGACAUCAAACUUGUGGAAGACCUCUUUACUGCUGGACUUGUUCAUCCUGAUGUGGCCGACAAGAAUGGACAUACUGCUUUAAUUGGUGCUACGGUAAACUGGCAUAUGGAGGUGAUAAACUGUCUAUUAAACCAUGGAGCUGACGUCAACAAAUUAAACGACGAAGGGUGCUCGGCACUUUCUGCAGGGACUAUUUUCUUUUACCCGGUGGAAGGAUUCCACUACAACAUCGCAGAGCGAUAUCUAGAACGUCCUCCGCCAGUACAGGAGAAUAAAGAUAAGAAAGUGCCUGUCAAACCUAAAAGUAUUUUAAAUAAAAAACAGAGUAAUGCUGUUACGAAGCCAAGCCAGCCAGGAAUCAUUGCCAAACCAAAACCAGCUGCAGCCAAUCAAAGCCAUACAAGUGUGGACAGUGGCUUCCCGCAGACUGACAGCAACCAGAGCAUGGGGAGUCCCUCCAAACCUCAGGUGAGAAUCAUGGACCCUAGUGAGCAGGCCAAACCCGUGUCCCGCCCUUCCCAAGAGAAAGCAGACAGUGAAGAGCCGGGCAGCGCCAGAGAGGAGAGACCUGACGAAGUAGAAUUUGAGUCUACGGUGACGCUCCAUGAUUACGAGAUCCAGGUGUCAGAACAGCUUCUUGAGAGGUGUGCCACACAGCUGUCGACCAAUGAGAAAGUAGUGGGAGGUCGGAGGUCACACAGCAGUAUGGAGCUUGGUACUGUCAGACAUCUAGCUGUUUGUAAGAAUGAGAAGGAAAGGAUGAAGAACACAAUGGACUUGCUGCUGAAGCGAGGGGCCGACCCCAACGCCUCAAGCGUUCCAAUGCCUGUACUCUUCUUCGCCAUCAAGUCAGCGGAUGUGGAGGUCGUCAAAACCCUGCUGAUGAAAGGAGCAUCAACAGCCAUCACCCUGCCGAAGGAGCUCAAAAUACUGGUCAAUGGCCACGACACCACGAAAGGAGGCCUGGCCCCGCUACACAUUGCAGCUGGAAUCCCGGGCGAGGAGGGAGUACUCAUUACUGAGCUCCUCCUCAAUGCUCUGGCUGAUCCUGAUGUCAGAGCUGCCGAGGAUGACUCAUUUCUCAACAGGAGUCUGGCGGAGGAGUGGAGUAAAGACGCCAUUAUGCCUGAGAGUCUAGCCCGCCUGGGUGGGCGUACACCACUACAGAUAGCAUGUGCACGCGAUGACAACUACAAGGUAGCCUGUCGAGUGACCCGACUACUGUUGGAACACAAGGCCAACCCUAACCUCAUGUGUAACGGAUUUUCUCCCAUUGCUCUGACAAUAGCCUGUGGAAAUGACCUAGCCUUAGAUGAGUUGAUUCUGUUUGGUGCCGACACGAGCCUCGCUCUAACCCAUGGUGUUGGUAGCGCCCUCUGUGCGGCCACUUCCACGGAAUAUGAACAUCGACGACAGAUAAACGGCCGUCUUCAACUGAUUGACAAGCUGGUGCGAGCGGGUGCUAACAUUCUUGCUCCUAUACCGAUUGGCCCAAAACGUGUCAUUGGCACAGCGGUGGAUUACGCCUACUACAUGUUUAACCAGGAUCGUCGUAUUGCACACAUGCCUUACCAUGCACUGACGCAUGCUGAGCGAGAAACAUACAAUGCUCGUCGUAAGCUGCUCGCUCAUAUUGGAGAUAUCCUGCGCACCAAAGCAGUGGAUCGCGAAAGACGACGACUAGAAGAUGAAAUAAGUUUGGGCAAAAGGAGCCGCAGUCCCAGUCCUAACUUUGUCUAUGUUGGUGCCGGGGCCGACCUUCCCUCAGACUCACGUCGUCCAAAGUCUUUACGAGCCGAUCCUGGAGGCGAGAGCAAGGUGACGUUUGAUGCCACCACAAAAGAAGGAGCAAUAAUGGGGAGAGGAUACCCCGAGCGGGACCCGGGAACUUUACCCUCCAGCACCUCGUCUGGCAAACAACGGAGAUCUAGGUCGACAAAGUCAUACUUCAGAAAAACUAAUAAAACAGACAAUAUCAGGAAGCCUAUUUUCAAAUACUGUUACGAAUGCGGUCGCUCAGUAGGCAUGCGCUUGUCUGCAUGUACAAGGUGUAAAGAGGUGUAUUACUGCAGUAAGGCAUGCAAACUGAAGGCCUGGAAUGCGCGUCACAAAGAGGAAUGUAUCCGUAUAGGAGGCGGAGCUUUCAGUGCCAGUAUGUCAUGGACAUCAGGUAGAAACAAAUCAAGUGCUAACAUUGACAGUUGGGUUAAUGAGACUAACACAGGUCGGGGCGGCCUAACCCAGAGUAAUGGUGGGCGUGGCAGCCUAACUCAGCCUAACGGUGGGCGUGGCGGCCUAACCCAGACUAACGGUGGGCAUGGCGGCCUAACUCAGCCUAAUGGUGGGCGUGGCGGCCUAACCCAGACUAAUGGUGGGCGUGGCAGCCUAACUCAGCCUAACGGUGGGCGUGGUGGCCGAAGACGAGGGCGAUCACGAAGUCCGAGCCCCAUGGGGAGAAAGGGCGCUGCCGACAGUCCUACACCAGCCACCGACAUCAACAAAGGAAAGAAAACAACUGCAGCUGAGCUUCAAAAGGGUGUCAAAAUAAACAAAUACUUGCGGAGACGACCUCUGGCCCCUCUGUCUCCUCGCUUCAUGUUUCAGCGCUCUUACACUGAGGUUCCGUAUAAGGGGUUCAGUCGGAGUGCCGGCGGCCAGUUCAUAGGUACGGAUGCAAUGCGGCGGAUGACGCAGUCGGAGAAAGGCAACAGACGUUGGACUAGCCCGCCCCCUGGUGUCAUUAUACAUAACUAUAGCUAUGUUUAGAUAUCUGUUAGAAAUGUAGAGUAUACACCGGUCUCACUAGAUUUAAAUUGAAAUAAAAUUGUUAACAUCAUCAAAUAAAAACGAUUUUUUUUCGGAUCAUAAAAUUAAAAG